GCCAGAGCGCACGGAGAGACACUUCCUCGUCAACAUCUGUCAUGAGUUUCAUGCUGUCGCAUCUCGUUCGCACAACAUACGCACACUGCAGUACUACAGCACUGACUGGCACUAGAUCGCUCUUAAAGCAGCCACAGCUCUCAUUCACUACCACACCCAUAGCUAGGAGUACACGAAGUCUUUCAAGCACCCUCCACAAGCAACAGGGAAUUCCUCGAAGCCUGCUAACCCAAAUGUCAGAUACCAGUCAAGCGGUCGCUGUUACACCCACUACGAAUAUAAGCACGGCCAAGAGAUACUCCUCUGCUACCAGUAUGACGGGCCAAAACUUCUCGUUCAAUCAGACCAUGAUGAGGAUCAAAGAUCCCAAGAAGUCGGUGGAAUUCUACACCAAGUACUUCGAUAUGACUUUGAUGGAUGAGCUCCACUACCCGGAUGCAAAGUUUUCUCUGUACUUUCUGAUCACUCUGCUCCCCGGCCAAACCGCACCCAAACCCGGAACACCCGAGGCAAAGGAGUUCCGAGCAAAGGGUGAAUACGGUUGCUGCCUAGAACUCACGCACAACCAUGGCACGGAAGAUGACGCCAACUUCAGCUACCACAAUGGCAACACCGAUCCAAGGGGCUUCGGGCAUGUUGGAUUUCUAUUGGACGAUGUCUACGCCAAAACCGAUGAGAUGUUAGCGGCAGGAGUGUCUUUUAAGAAGAAACCCGAUGACGGAAACAUGAAAGGGCUGGCAUUCAGCAUCGACCCAGACGGUUACUGGGUGGAGAUGAUCAAGCGCAGUGAGAGUGCGACAGCCGGCAAAGGCAUGGCUACGUUUCAGCAAGCUAUGCUGCGAGUGAAGGACCCUGAGAAGAGUCUCGCCUUCUACCGUGAUCUGUGUGGCAUGACAUUGGUGCAAAAGUUAGACUUCCCGGAAUGGGAAUUCUCACUCUAUUUUAUGGCGACGGUGGAUGAAGCGCUCAAGGCCAAGCUUCCAGAGGUGGGCUCCAAGGAAGCAACUGAGUUCCUCUGGGGUUGGGAGGGUACUACGCUCGAACUAACUCACAACUAUGGCACCGAGAAGGAUGACACCACCUACCACAGCGGCAAUACAGAGCCCCGAGGCUUCGGACAUGUUGCUUUUAUGGUUGAUGAUGUCUACAAGACAACCGAUAUGUUGCUAGCAAAGGAUGUCAAGUUCCAGAAGAAACCCGACGACGGCCGUAUGAAGGGCAUUGCGUUCGCCUUGGACCCGGAUGGUUACUGGGUCGAACUUAUUAAGAGGAACGCGGUGUUUUAAAUCAAUAAAGUUUCAACGAGUUAAUAAGCCGACGCGGAGACAAAUUUUAUAAAGCCGUCUGUGAUACUUCAGAUAGCUCUGGUGUUUGUCUGUGCCUACAUUCACCAGUUGGUAUACAGAAAGCGGCUCUAUUUGUUUCACGCUAGCUUCUUGCUCAUUGGGUUUGGGCGAAAUCGCACUUUAAAGACUUGCCAGUAGACUAUCUACGUACUAUUGGUGCAGGGGUUUUUUUUCUCGAAUUCACACAGUGCUUCCAAAUGUUUUCCACAAGUGAU